AUGGCGCGCCAGGGCCGGUGUGCUGCGGCGCCACUUCGUACGCCCGGCUGGCAAGGCGUUGGUACACAGGGUGCCUACCUCGCCGUGCCCGUCACGUCCAAGGAGCGCUUCGAAGGCCAGGGGCUCCUGAGGAACCAAGAUGAGGCAUUGCAGCUGGUGUAUGGCGGCGCGGCCAUGCAGGGGUGGCGCCGCACCAUGGAGGACGCCCACAUUGCACAGACGGGACUCGAUCAAGACACAGGCGCCAUCUUCGGUGUGUUCGACGGCCACGGAGGGGCGGAGGUCGCCUUGUUCUGCCAGAAAUACAUGGCCCAAGAGCUCGCCCAUAUUGUGUCAGCGUCCCCCGCCGCGCCCGCGCCCGCGCCGGCGGCCGGCGCCUCCUCGUCGCCGGCUGCAGCCGAGGAGGCGGUCGCCGCCGUCGAGUCGGCCCUGAUCGACGUUUUCCACAGAAUGGACGAGAUGCUUCGCGACCACUCAUUCGCCGACGAGAUCGAGCAGCUGCGGGGCGCGCGCGACGCCGCGGCGGAGGACGAAGGAGGGAAGGGGGACGAGGGUGACGGGCUCGCGCCCAUGGACGCGCUUGAGAUGAUCAAGCGCGUGUUUCAGCUGAAGCGCUUCAUGGGGGAGAACGGCGCGCAGGGUGAGGACGGCGAGGAGGGGGCCGGCGAGGGCGUGGGCGCAGGCGGCGACGGCGGGCCGGCGGCGAUGGAGGCGGACGGGGAGGGGCCCAGCGGGCAGGCGCAGGAGCAGGAGCAGGAGCAAGGGGCCGCGCCGGGCGGCAGUGGCAGUAGCGGCGCGGCGCCCGCCGUGGCGGCGGCGGCGGCGGCGGCGGCCCUGCGGCGGCAGCAGCAGCCGCAGCGGCAGGACGACGCCGGCGGCGGCGGCGGCGGCGGCGCUGCCGAGGCGCGGGCGCGCUUUAUAGAGCCGGCCGACACGCGCAUCCAGGCGGGCUGCACCGCGGUGGUCGCGGUCAUUCGCGCGGGCCACCUCUUCGUGGCCAACGCCGGCGACUCCCGAGGCGUGCUGUGCCGCGCGGGCACCGCGGUGCGCCCUGCGGCGGCGGCGGCUGCGGCGGCGGGCGUCCCUGCGCCGGCGGGCGGCGCGCGCACGAUUUGA